GCGAUGUCAGGGGGGGGACGAGGAGCCCUAAUUUCUAGCUUGUGAGAGGAGGGACCAAUGUAAAGGAUGCCGGGGAAACUGAAGGUGAAGAUUGUGGCCGGGCGUCACCUGCCGGUCAUGGACAGAGCGAGUGAUCUGACCGACGCUUUUGUGGAGGUAAAGUUUGCCAACACUACAUUUAAGACAGAUGUGUACCACAAAUCCCUCAAUCCGCAGUGGAAUUCAGAAUGGUUCAAGUUUGAGGUAGAUGAUGAAGACUUGCAGGAUGAGCCGCUGCAGAUCACAGUCCUUGACCACGAUACAUACAGUGCCAAUGAUGCCAUUGGAAAGGUCUACAUCGACAUUGACCCUUUGCUGUACACUGAGGCAGCCACUGUUAUCUCUGGAUGGUUUCCCAUUUAUGACACCAUACAUGGUAUUCGGGGGGAGAUCAAUGUUGUGGUGAAGGUUGACCUCUUCAAUGACUUGAAUCGUUUCCGACAAUCUUCAUGUGGUGUCAAAUUCUUCUGCACAACGUCUAUUCCAAAGUCAUAUCGUGCUGUGGUCAUACAUGGUUUUGUAGAGGAGUUGGUAGUGAAUGAGGAUCCAGAAUACCAGUGGAUCGACCGAAUCCGGACACCGAGAGCCUCCAAUGAGGCCCGGCAGAGGCUGAUAUCACUCAUGUCGGGUGAGCUGCAGAGGAAGAUCGGUCUCAAGGUCCUGGAGAUGCGAGGGAAUGCCGUGGUUGGCUACCUGCAAUGUUUUGAUCUAGAGGGGGAGUCUGGUUUGGUUGUGCGUGCUAUAGGAACAGCGUGCACACUGGAUAAACUCACCAACCCCGCUCCAUUUGCUCCAGCCUGUAACUCCCCGUGUAAAGAACUGAAGGAGGUUCCCUUCAGUGAAGAGCUAAACCCCAAUGCUCAUUCAUCAGGACCCUCUACCCCUCUGAAAAACCAAACCUAUUCCUUUUCACCUUCCAAGUCCUACAGCCGACAGUCGUCCUCUUCUGACACAGAUUUGAGUUUGACACCUAAGACUGGAAUGGGGAGCGGAAGUGCCGGCAGAGAAGGUGGAGCUUUUAAAGCAUUACUCCGACAACAGACACAGACCACUCUGGAGCAACGGGAGUUCCCAUUUUUCACCCUGACAGCUUUUCCUCCAGGCUUUCUUGUUCAUGCCGGUGGUGUUGUCAGCGCUCGAUCGGUGAAGCUGCUGGAUCGGAUUCACAAUCCGGCCUUUGCCGGGAUAAAGGGUAACACCAGAUCUUACAAACUGCUAGACUGGAAUAGUUACAAUGCAGAUGAGCCAGAAACCAGAGAUGCCUGGUGGGCUGAAAUUCGACAGGAGAUUAAAUCUCACGCCAAGGCCCUUGGCUGCCAUGCUGUCAUUGGUUACAGUGAGUCCACCAGUAUUUGUGAAGAAGUCUGCAUACUCUCGGCCUCGGGUACCGCCACCGUCCUGAACUCUCGCUUCCUGCAGGACGCAGCCAGUGAAUCCUGUUUUGAACAAAGGUUGUCCGCCCAACCUGGCUUCUUUGUAGGGUCAGAAAAGGCAGACUUUGAUUAUUUCUCACACAGCAAGGAUAGUGCUCUUUGCCUAGGGACGGAUGAGGUGUCAUCGCCAGGCUGCGGGUUUUGUCACAUCCCCUAUGAUGAACUGAAUAUGCCUUUUCCUGCUCACCUCACCUUCUGCUACAGCUGCCGCAAGCAGAAGGUUCCGGACGUCCUUUUCACCACCAUUGAUCUUCCCAGUGAUGCCCCUGUGGUUGGCAAAGGUUGUCUGAUCCAAGCCAGGUUGUGUCGGUUGAAGAAGAAAGCUCAGGCAGAGGCAAAUGCCAUGGUCAUCAGCAACCUUCUGCCCUUCAUGGAGUAUGAGCUGCACACACAGCUCAUGAACAAGCUCAAGCUGAAGGGGAUGAACGCUCUGUUUGGUCUGAGGAUACAGAUAACUGUUGGGGAGACCAUGCUGCUCGGACUGGCUUCUGCUACUGGAGUAUACCUGAGUGCUUUACCCACCCCUGGAGGGAUCCAGAUUGGCGGCAAGACCCCCAGUGAUGUAGCCUACGAGCAACACGUAUCACACAUUCAGAAGAAGAUUAAUGAAACAAUUGCCAAAAACAGAGAACUGUAUGAGAUAAACCCUCCGGAAAUAUUGGAUGAGGUAAUCGGGUCACCAAUCCCAGAGCCACGGCAGAGAACGAGACUGCUGCGGUCACAGUCAGAGAGUUCGGACGAAGUCAUUGAGCUGGACCUCUCACAUGGGAAGAAGGAUGCCUUUGUGCUGGAGAUUGAUGACACCGACGCAGUGGAAGAUAUACAUUCGCUCCUUACAGAUGUGCCGCCCCCUCCAGGGUUUUAUAGCUGCAACACAGAGAUUAUGCCUGGGAUCAACAACUGGACCUCAGAUAUACAGAUGUUCACCUCAGUCAGGGUUGUCCGAACCAACAACAUGAACCUGACCAACCAAACCCUGAACAAGAAUUUUAACGAUAUGUGUGAGAAUCUCUUAAAGAGCCUGUAUUUCAAAUUGCGUUCAAUGAUUCCCUGCUGCCUGUGCCAUGUCAAUUUUACGGUUGCAGUUCCUGAAGAUGAAGCAAUACAGAUCGCAGUCACCGCUGUUGCUAUCACAUUUGACAAACAAAAUGCGUUACAGGCCCCAAAGAGCAAGCUGGAGCGGGCUCAAACUCGCGUUUCCACAGACACAGACGAGCAGCUUCAGUUUUCUCUAGAAUUAUCAUCCGAAUCCCCCGGACUGCUGUCCUUCUCCCCGUCCAAAGAUCUUCAGGAGCGAGUAGGUUCCCCAGCCAACGCUAUCCAGCGAGUCACUGCCGCUGAUUACAGUUCCUUUGCAGACAGAUGCAGCAGCUGGAUAGAGCACAUAAAAAUGAGGGCUCAGACCAUAAGACGCGGAUCAAUUAAAACAAUCACAUCGAUGGAGAAGUCCAGUCCACUGGGUGAUGGUCAGCUGAGACACAAGUCUAGCUUUGCUUUUGGAGGCCCAACAGUGACCGUUGUCAAGAUGACCCCGCUAUCCUUUAUACCGGGAGCCAAAAUAACCAAAUACCUGGGAAUUAUCAACAUGUUUUUCAUAAGAGAGACCACAUCUUUGCGGGAGGAAGGCGGAGUCAGCGGAUUCCUCCACGCCUUCAUCUGUGAAGUUUUCGCCAUGGUCCGUGCGCACGUAGCAGCUCUAGGAGGUAACGCUGUUGUGUCAUACAUCCUGAAGCAGUGUGUGUUCAUGGAGAAUGCAAACAAGAACCAGGCUCAGUGUCUCAUCAAUGUUAGCGGUGACGCCGUCAUCUUUACACGAGAAUCGGAGUCCGAUGCAGCACCGUCUGCUUCCCAGCAGGUUGGGAUGGCCACUACAAACCAGACAGCAGUGGACGGAACAUGA